CCAUCAGAACCAUGCUUUCCGUCAGUAGUACUAAUGUUGCUUGGAAUUUGUAAAGCUCUUCACUCAUGGUCAGAGAUGAUGAUCAAUGAAGAAUUAUAGAAGAGCAAGCUUUUCUUAUUUGGACAUUGAUCUCCUCAAGUGACACAGAAUUACAUAAUCUUUUCAAUUCUCUGGGACAAAUGACACUGAGGAUUCUCCAAGAUCGAACAGGAACCUAUGAUUUGCCUGCUGAAAUGACCCUAGAGGUUUGGCCCUGAUUCAUCCUUGGAGCUCAUAACCAUGCAGAAAGAAUUGCCAAAUACUUGAAAAAAGGGUCCGAAAAUCCAGCACAUGAUCAGCUCCUUAUCAGAACCAUUAUCUCCCAGCAUGCACACCAUAGCAAAUUUCAUAUAGAGUUGGUACUUGAUACUCCCCUCAGAGGAACCCAACCAUACUUCCGUUGAAGAUACUGUUCCAUUGCUCCUUCCUGUCUCGAUAUAUAUCCACUGCCCGUCCAAAACCAAAUAGGCCGGAAAUGGGGUGUGCCAAUGGCCAAGUUCACUACAAUGACUACAUAGAAGUCACCUGAAGGGCAAUCUUGGUAGGACUUAACCUUGUUACUGGAGUUGAUAGCUGCUACGGAAGAGAUUGAUCCGAGUCCAUGAGCGUGCUUUACAGACAGUUUAGCAAUUCUCUGGUGCCUUUCUUCUAGAGUGAGAUUUUUCGAUAGCUCAGGUGAGUAUGUGGGGAGGAGCUUGAGGCUGAAGCCGGGGGUUUGGCUGCUGGGCAUGGUGGUUGCAAGAAUGAGAAGAGCUACCGUGGUCCAAGACAGGAUGUGGACUUCAUAACUGGCAAUUGCAGCCAAUUUUUAACUCCUGAUUCGGUAGGUAAUAUGUAUGAAAGGCCAUUAUGGGAGGCAUUUUUUAUACCAGUUGAUAAACUGUUCUUCCAGUUUUCCCUUAACCCCAAAAUCCACACUCAUUUAAUAUAGUCGAUGCAAUAGCUUUAGUUAGAGCAAAGCCUAAAAUGGUAUAACCAACCGAGUGUUUAGCCAAUGAUGGAUUUCACGCUAUGGAAUGGAUCAAAGAACUAAAUACGUUUCCAAUACCAACUUCAGCUCCCGCUAAAGCAAUUGUAGCAACUUCGGCACCAUUGAUUUUGCACCUUCUAACAUCUCGAGUUCAGAAUUCUCGUGACGCUAUUUUUUCCUUGACAAUUGUGGGGAACUUCAAAUGAUAAUCCGUCUGUUGCAUUGGAAAGAAGAUAUAAAAGAGCUUUUAAAAGGAAUUUUUGGGAGAACAAUCAGAUUUAGGCUAAAACGGUAUACAUGGUUCCACUGUAUGAAGAAAAUAAUAUGGAAGUAAUGCACAAUAAGAAAUGGAGGAAAGAUCAUUCGUGGCGACUUAAGCAAAAUCUCCUAUGAUCGUGUGUAAUCGUAUGUGGUAUCUUCCAUCCUCAGAGUUAUCAAUCUUAUGAAUGUUGCCAAGAUUGUUGCCAACGAUUGCUCUGUCAGGGUGUGCUUCUGCUUUUGGAAAAACGGAUAAAUGUGGGGAUCGAGGUCUCUUUUCCUUUGUGUUCUCACCAACCAAACGAAAGUUGGCUGUCGUAUGUGCAGUGUUUGUUGGAUCUAAAUGAGGUGGGUUCUUGGAGAGUUCAUGUGGGUGAUUCAAUGUUGAGCUCUGUUUGGUCGCGGACAAUGUGCAGAAAAGAAAAUAAAUGAACUUUUUUAAUCUUUAAGGCAAAAUGCGACUCGAUUGAGUAGAAUUCAACUACUUGGGCUUAGUUGGGGGUGAGUUUUUAAGCUAUGGAAACCAAACAUUCGGCACAAGAAACUGCUUAAAAUCGAAUUUGCCUUCAAUCUGAUCUCAUGUUUUCAUGCCUUCUCCAUUUCAUUUUAUAGCCAACAAACCCUUUUCGACCUGCAAUCCUCUCAAAGAUGGCCAAUUCAACCAACUGCCAACCAUUAUCCACAACUUUCUAUCACUAUUGCGAGAAUCAUCGAAAAAUCUUAUAUGGGUCAAGUCAACUCACGCCCAAAUCAUCACCAAUUCUUUGUCCACUGAUCAAUUUGUGGCUACAAAACUUGUUAAGGCAUACUCUGAUUUGCGUAGUUUGGAAGCUGCACGAUACGUGUUUGAUCAAUUUUUUCAACCAAAAGGUUUGCUAUGCAAUGCUAUGCUUUGUGGGUAUUUGCAGAGUGGGCGGUACAGGGAGACCCUUGAGUUGUUUGGGCUGAUGAGAUCUCGCAAUUUAGAAGUUGAUAGUUGCUCAUGUACAUUUGCACUCAAGGCGUGUGCGAGCUCAUUGGAUUAUGAAAUGGGUAUGGAGAUUAUUAGUAGUGCAGUAGAAAAAGGGAUGGAAAAGAACCGGUUCGUGGGGAGUUCAAUGAUUAGUUUUUUGGUGAAGUUUGGUAAAAUUGGUGAAGCACAAAGGGUAUUUGAUGGAAUGCCCAAUAAAGAUGUUGUUUGUUGGAAUUCAAUCAUCGGUGGUUAUGUGCAGGCAGGUUGUUUUGAUGUGGCUUUUCAGCUGUUCUUUGAGAUGCAUGGUUCUGGAAUUAAGCCAAGUCCUAUAACAAUGACCAGCUUGAUUCAAGCUUGUGGAGGGAUUGGGAAUUUGAAACUAGGGAAAUGUAUGCAUGGGUAUGUGCUUGGAUUAGGACUGGGCAAUGACAUUUUGGUGCUUACUUCAUUUGUUGAUAUGUACAGCAAAAUGGGAGACAUCGAAAGUGCUCGUUGGGUAUUUUAUAAGAUGCCUACUAGAAAUUUGGUUUCAUGGAAUGCCAUGAUCUCAGGGUGUGUUCGAAAUGGUCUGGUGGGGGAAUCAUUUGACCUAUUUCAUAGAUUGGUAAGAAGCAGUGGAGGUUUUGACUUGACAACCAUAGUUAGCCUCCUUCAGGGCUGCUCUCAAACAGCAAGCUUGGCAACUGGAAAGAUCCUCCAUGGUUGCGCUAUUAGGAGUUUUGAAUCCAACCUCAUCUUGUCCACCGCAAUAGUUGAUUUGUAUUCUAAGUGUGGUUCCCUCAAGCAGGCAACUUUUGUCUUCAACAGGAUGAAAGACAGGAAUGUCAUUACAUGGACUGCUAUGCUGGUCGGGUUAGCACAAAAUGGGCACGCAGAGGAUGCUCUUAGACUAUUCGCUCAGAUGCAAGAAGAGGGGAUUGCUGCCAAUUCUGUUACUUUCGUUAGUUUAGUUCAUUCUUGCGCCCACUUGGGCUCUCUGAAGAGAGGAAGAAGUAUCCAUGGUCAUUUAUUUCGGUUGGGCUUUGCUUUUGAUAUAGUGAACAUGACAGCUCUGGUAGAUAUGUAUGCUAAAUGUGGAAAGAUAAACUUAGCUGAGAGGAUAUUCAGCCAUGGAUCCAUCUCUAAAGAUGUUGUUUUAUGGAAUUCUAUGAUCACAGGUUAUGGUAUGCACGGUCAUGGGUAUCAAGCUGUUGGCAUCUAUCAUAAAAUGAUUGAGGAGGGGCUCAAGCCAAAUCAAACUACCUUUCUUUCUCUUUUAUCUGCUUGUAGUCACUCGAGGCUAGUUGAACAAGGGAUCAGUCUGUUCAAUAGCAUGGAGAGAGACCAUAACAUUAGACCUAUAGAGAAGCACUAUGCUUGCUUGGUGGAUCUUCUUAGCCGAGCAGGCCGUUUCGAAGAAGCCCAGGCAUUGAUUGAAAAAAUGCCUUUUCAACCAGGUACUGCUGUUCUCGAAGCAUUGCUGAGUGGCUGCCGAACUCACAAAAACAUCAAUUUGGGGAUACAAACUUCUGAUAAGCUGCUUGCUUUAGACGCCAUGAACCCAGGAAUUUACAUCAUGUUAUCAAACAUAUAUGCUGAAGCAAGGAGAUGGGACAAGGUGGACUACAUCCGAGGCCUAAUGAGGAAUCGUGGGCUGAAGAAAACACCAGGGUAUAGCCUGGUUGAAACAGGAAACUGGGUCCAUACCUUUUUCGCUGGAGACAAUUCACAUCCAAAUUGGGAAGAAAUUUACCACUUCUUGGAGAGUUUAAGAUCAGCAGUGGAGACUUCUGGGUAUGUGCCUGAUACCAGUUGUGUGCUCCGUGAUGUGGAUGAGGAAAUGAAAGUGAGAAUGCUGUGGGGGCACAGCGAAAGACUGGCAAUUGCCUUCGGACUUUUAACUACACCAGCUGGAAGCUUGAUUAGAAUCACUAAGAAUCUUCGUGUAUGUGGAGACUGCCACACUGUGACCAAAUACAUAUCGAAGAUAGUUAAGAGAGAAAUUAUAGUGAGAGAUGCUAAUCGAUUCCACCACUUCAGCAAUGGGGAAUGCUCCUGUGGUGAUUAUUGGUGACAAGGGCCUUCUUCAAAAGAAAUGACUUCAAUUAAUUUUUAUUCUCAUGUUGUAUUGGUUCUUGAUAAUAUUUAUCUCUAACUAAAUUUCUCAGAGACAUACUAACAUGCUUGCACUCACAGACAGACAGGAAAGGCAAGUCAGUAGACUGUCUUGCUUCUGUCUUUGGAGGCCACCCUUAUUGGUGUUCUUGCUAGUUUAAGACCAACAAAGUCGAUUAACUCCAAGCCAAAUGAUAACAAGGACGGACAGUAGAGAUCUAUCUGCUAGGUCUGCCUCCAUCUUUAGGGGCUCAACCUCACUAACACCAAUCUUGUGUCAUUGCAGAACCAAAGCUCUAUUGAUCCAAGUUUCUGCCCUGAAAUGGCUGUGUACCAGAUGUGAUGACAAGAACAGUUGACAGAGCUCCCCACCCACUAAGACACUUUGAAAUCCGUCUCUCCAAUUAUUAAAAGGGGCUCAUUUCAAGGAGGGCAUCUUGUAAUUUUGUAACUAUCAUUCUUCAUAUUUAAGAAAGGGUUUCUUUUUUUAAACUCAUCAACCAGUUUGAGAUAACCAACAUAUGCGUAGCCUAAUAGUUAUGAUUGUGCUCCUUGGAA